CACCUUACUCACCUGUAUAGGAGCGGGUGGAGCUGCGUAUAGUACAGUCUCAACAACACAACAAUUCAACAUGGCUGCGUGUCCCACUGUCACUUUAUCCUCUGGUUACAAAAUGCCGGUACUUGGCCUCGGCACCUACAACAACUUCGUGAAUCACGAGGGGGUGUGUGAGUCGGUGAAGGCUGCUGUGGAUGCUGGGUACCGCUACAUCGACACGGCCUACCUCUACCUCACUGAGCCCGCCGUGGGCAGAGCACUCCGCCAGAAGAUAGAGGACGGUGUGGUGAAGCGUGACGACCUCUUCAUAUGUUCCAAGCUCUGGAACGAUCGACAUGCAGAUGUGGAAGAAUCGUUGAUGGAAUCGCUGAAUGACCUGGGACUGAGCUACCUUGACCUCUACAUCAUGCAUUAUCCUGUGUCCUUUAAGCGACAUGAACGAAUUCAGAACCUCGAAGAUCUCAAUGCAACGUUCGAACCAGGACACGUCGACUUUCUGGACACCUGGCGGGACAUGGAGAAACUGGUGGACAAGGGACUAGUUCGAAGCAUCGGGUUGUCGAAUUUUACCAUUCCUCAGAUCACUCGCAUCUUGAAAGACCCCGGUCUCCGCCAUAAGCCGGCAUAUCUACAGGUUGAGGUCCAUCCUUACUUCAGCAACAGCGACCUCGUGGACUUCUGCAAGCAGGAAGGAAUUGUUGUCACUGCCUACGCGCCUAUAGGACGAGCUGGCACUGACUACGGACUUGCUCCAAUUGACAAUGUCCUGAAUGAUCCUGUAAUAAAUAAAAUCAGUGCAAAGUACAGGAAGACACCUGCACAGGUGGCGCUGCGCUGGAAUAUACAGAGAGGUCUGACGGCGGUGGUCAAAAGUCUGACCCCUGCUCGCAUUCAGAGUAACUUGCAGGUCUGGAUACUAGUCUUUUUUAAAAAAAAAAAUGAUAGACCAUUCUUCACGCUCCUGUGUCUCUAUUCUGUUCAUACCGAGAAAAAUUGCUGGCACUUAAAUGUAAAACAGUAGAAAAUUUUGGGACAG